CUCCUUCACAACGCGGAGUUGAGCUCAGAGGAAGGAAUAGUUUUGCUGCAAGGAGGGCAGAGCCGUGAGGAGUGAAUGGAUCAGUGCACUAAUGCAGGAAAAACUCUUCGUGGAAACCCUUCUAUCUCCGUGAGAGAAGCACUAAAUGCCCGUUAUGUUCCACUGUGGAGGCUAGAGCGUUUUGCCAAAAGAAGGGAAAAAGCAGCGGACUUCGAGUCGGGACACUCCUUCGUUUGAGUUGGCUGUAACGUUAGCUCGUCCGGGCACUGUUUCCAAUCUCCUGUGAGCCUAGCAUCGGAUAAGGAGGGUUCAGCCAAGCAGGACAACUGUCGGCAAGAUGCAGGGGGUUUCAGCAACAACUGACCUCUCUCCCUCCUCUCUACAGUACCAGUGUGGAUCGGUGGACUUCCUGUGUUCCCCACGGCUGGGAAAGAAAGCCCCGCCCCCUCCCAGACCAUGUCACGGCCGGCCUGCAGUCAAGCCCCACCCCCAGCCCACCGCCACACCCACCCCUCAGAAACCUCAAGUGCCGCCUAAGCCCCCGCACCUGCUGGCCCUCGGACAGGACAAGAAGCCCAAGAGGAUCCCCCCGGCCCCCUCCAGGCCGCUGCCUGCUCCCCCAACUUCGCCCAAACCGCGGCCCAGCCAGACCCCCCCUGGCCUGGCCACACUGCCUCAAAGAGAAGCCCAGAACGUGGGACUACUCAUCGAGAGGUUUGAGAAGUCCAGGAUUCCGAUUCUUGGCGUCCCCCCGAAGAAUCAGCUCCACCUGUGCCUGACUAUGGACGCCAUGUCUGAGACCACACCCCCCUCUGCCCCUGACCCCACAGAACACUCCCCUUCAGGGUCAGCAGGAGCAAAGGACUCUGGGGAUCGCUCCCCCGCCGACAAACUUGCACAUAUCGUCUCGGAGCGAAUUGACGAGGUCACAGAGCUGAUAGAACUCUCACGCCUGACCUCACUCCACAUCGAUGGCCACGAAGACAUUGCUCUGGACUCAAUGGAGGACCACCUCGACAUCACCCAUGGAGUUGGUUCCCUUGACGAUGCGGAGCGGGAGGAGAGAAGCUCUUCCCAUGAGCUCCAGGACAAUCCAGACUCUCUCUCCUCGGAGCAGAACUUAAACGGGAAGAUUCCCAACCGGGACAGCGGGAUUGACAGCCCAUCGUGUGCGGUGGAGGGGGAGGUGUUCCCCAACGAGGACGCCAUCGACGAGGAAGAGCGCUAUGACAGCAUCACGGAGACGGAGACCAGCGUGUCCUGCUGCAUAACCCUGGACAACAAGCGUGACUCCACGCAGGACGAGGACAGUGACCUGGAUGAGGUCAGCAGUGGGGAGAUGGAGGGAGGGGAGAAGACAGACACACACAGGUGCUCAGAGACCCAGAGGCUACUGAACAUCGCCAGAGAGCUCCUUCACACUGAGGAGGCCUACGUCAAGAGACUCAACCUCCUGGACCAGGUAUUUUGCACUAAGCUGACAGAAGCUGGAUUCCCUCAGGAGGUGAUAACAGGGAUCUUCUCCAACAUCUCCUCCAUCUACUGCUUCCACCACAAGUUCCUUCUCCCUGAGCUCAAGACACGCAUCACUGGAGAAUGGGACUCAAACCCGCGUAUAGGAGAUAUCCUCCAGAAGCUGGCUCCCUUUAUGAAGAUGUACGGAGAGUACGUGAAGAACUUUGACCGUGCUAUGGACCUGGUCAACACCUGGAGCCAACGGUCAUCACAGUUCAAGAGUGUGGUCCAGAAUAUACAAAAGCAGGAUGUGUGUGGGAACCUGACUCUUCAGCACCACAUGUUGGAGCCUGUUCAGAGGAUCCCUCGCUAUGAGCUCCUGCUCAAGGACUAUCUGAAGAAACUGCCUGACGAUGCACUGGACAGGAAAGACACAGAGAAGGCAUUGGAGCUCAUAUCCACAGCAGCCAACCACUCCAAUGCUGCCAUCAGGAAAAUGGAGAAGAUGAACAAACUGCUGGAGGUCUAUGAGAGACUGGGGGGAGAGGAGGACAUUGUGAACCCAGCCAACGAACUCAUCAAGGAGGGACACAUCAAGAAGAUGUCUGCCAAGAAUGGGACGGCCCAGGACCGAUACCUCUAUCUGUUUAAUAACAUGGUGCUGUACUGCGUUCCCAAGCUGAGGUUGAUGGGGCAGAAGUUCAGUGUGAGAGAGAGGAUCGACAUCGCUGGGAUGGAGAUCAGGAAGGAGGUUCAGGAGAAUGUGAAGCAGAACCUCCCUCUCACGUUCGCCAUCAUCGGCAAGCAGCGCUCACUAGAGCUGCAGGCCAGCACGGCAGAGGAAAAGGAAGACUGGAUACAGGUUAUCCUGGCCACCAUAGAGAGACACAAGCAGAACAGUGAGACCUUUAACAAAGCCUUCAACAGCUCCUUCUCCAGGGAGGAAGACCACCUGCCAGACUCACCGGGUCCCUGGAGCACCACAUCCAUAGACUCAGACAGUGAAAGACUGCAUGAAAGGAAAAGUUCCAAGAAGAAGGAGAAGGAGAAGCAGACAUGUAAAGGCUGCAACGAAAGCUUCAACUUCACCAAGCGCAAACACCACUGCAAAGCCUGUGGAGCGGCCAUCUGUGGUAAAUGCUCUAAGAUGUUGGAGAACAAGGCGUGUCGACUGUGUCCUGAAUGCUUUGAGACGAGCCAAGUCCCUGAAGGGCCUGCAGGGGCCCCAGGAGAGCUGAAGAGGAAAGCUACAGCCGAGAAGCAGGUGUCUCCGUCUCUAUUGGGGGACAACUGUCUGCAGUGUGGCCAGCUGCAGGUGCAGGAGAAGGGCAAGAGCUGGACCAAGACCUGGGUGGCCGUCACCAAGACUGAACCUCUAGUGCUGUACCUGCAGACCAGCGGACAGGACUCCCGUGGGGUACGGGCCAUACCCCUCCCGGGGUUUGAGGUGAACAUGGCAGCACCAUCGGCAACAGAGAAGUCAGAGCUCAAACACGCGUUCCGGCUGAGUAACUCCCAGCAGGCUCUGCUGUUCAGCGCCCAGGAUGCAGAGGUCCAGGACCAGUGGGUGGAGCUUCUCUCUAGAGCCGCCCGCGGGGAAACAACCACAGUCACGCCCGUCAGCCUGACGGAGCACAGGAAGAGCCAAUAGGGAGGCUCCGUUGAGGCCACAGGACCCUCCCCCUCCUUCCCACCUCUCGCCCCCUCUCCUGUGGACAGAGCACACAUUACUUGAAUUCACUUUACCUUGGCACUUUUUAUUUUGUUUUGUUUUCUUUGAAGGGAGGGAAGAAUCCUCUCCUCUGCUGCCCUUGUCUCCACCAGACACACACACACAUUCACACACAGACCCGCUCUUUCCCCGGCUCUCUCUAUCUCUCUCGCUUACACACACACACAUUCACACACAGACCCGCUCUUUCCCUGGCUCUCUCUAUCUCUCUCGCUUACACACACACACAUUCACACACAGACUCGCUCUUUCCCUGGCUCUCUCUAUCUCUCUCGCUUACACACACACACAUUCACACACAGACUCGCUCUUUCCCUGGCUCUCUCUAUCUCUCUCGCUUACACACACACACAUUCACACACAGACUCGCUCUUUCCCCGGCUCUCUCUAUCUCUCUCGCUUACACACACACACAUACACACACACACACACAACACAUACACACGCACACAACACAUACACACUUGUGCCACCAGUCCGACACCAUUGUAUGCGUGGUUACGUUUUAUUUCUCUCAGUGUUCUCUGCAGUUCAAGAAGAACAGAAGACUCUUUGAUUUAAUGUUUUGUAUUAUAGCCGAAGGCAUUUAUAAGAUGAAUCCUGUAUGAUUUUAUAAAACAAUGAAGUUUGUUGUACAUUGUGUGACUGUGUUGUGAAGCAUUAACCCCUGUUGGUCUGUCUGUCUGUCUGUCUGUCUGUCUGUCUGUCUGUCUGUCUGUCUGUCUGUCUGUCUGUCUGUCUGUCUGUCUGUCUGUCUGUCUGUCUGUCUGUCUGUCUGUCUGUCUGUCUGUCUGUGUGUUCCUCCUGUGUUUUAUUUCACUAUUAGAUGUUAGCGUAUUGAACCCCAGACGCCACCUUUCCCCACCCCUGUGGUCCCAGUGCCAGCUCGGUGGUGGUUGUACAGUAUGUAUACUAUAUCGUGUCAUUAGUAUAAAGAGAUCCAUUUAACUUAAGAGACGUGAACGAACGCUUGUGGCUGGCCACCUGAUGCUCCCACUAUCAGCCCCCCAAUUCCUCACAGCCCUCCCCCCAACACACACCCACCCUCACCCCACUAUCAGCCCCCCAAUUCCUCACAGCCCUCCCCCCAAACACUCCCACCCUCACCCCACUAUCAGCCCCCCAACUCCUCACAGCCCUCCCCUCAAACACUGGGCUCUUUCCCUCCCUCCUCUCUCUAUAAACUCUGCCCCCUUGGCCAGGAGAAUAUUCUAACACUUCCUGUUUCUACCGCUUACCUGCUUCGCCCCAUCUGGUCAUGUGAUAGAAACCUUAGCAACGAUACAAGUACUGUACGAUUGUGCGUUCUGCCUUGCCCCCCUCUACCCCCAACCCCCCGGCACCAGCUUGUAAAGAACCAGAAGACUGUUUAGUCAUCUCUAUGUGCAUGUAUAAACUUACUCAUAUUUAUAUACCGUGCUCUGAAAACCCCAGCCCCUCUCUCCUCUCCUCUUUGUCGUACUGUAAAGUGAGCAGACUCAGUAUUGCGUGUUUUAACCCUGGGUUGUGCACAAUGGAUAAGUAGUCAACACAUCAUCAAUAAAGAGACAUAUGGCUCACUCAGUGUCAUACUGUCCAACAUGA